AUGACGUUAGAGUCGCGGCGCCGUUACCUAUCGCUGGCCAUUGUGGCCAUACUAUCGCUUGAGUUGGUGCUCAUUGGGGAGCAUAUGUUGCCCGUCCAGGGGCUCAAUAGACGGGAAGCCAUAAUCAUUAAGACCAUACUAUCGGCACUAUUUCUACUCAAAUCUAAGAAGCCCAAGUUUGGUAUACUACCCAUUCCACUACCACUUCCCAUACCAUUAAGGAUCGAGCAAAAGGAGCCACCCGUAUAUAUAAACAAAAAACACCACAAAGUGCCCAUUGUGCAUAAUAUACCAGUGCCAGAAACGUAUCCGGAGUACUACCCGGUGGAGGAGGCGCCCCAAUAUGUGGACGGGGGCUACGAAGACAAAGAGUACGGGGGCUAUGGGGGCGGGUAUGGGGGCUAUUAG